GGGGAGUAGACGCCGCAGUAAUCCCCGCCCCCCAGAGAAACCGCCAUCAUGAAAUUGAAAACAAGAAACUAGAGGAGAGACGCGCACAGUCCACUCUGCUUCACAACAACAAGGAUUAAUCAGACGGACUGAGGCGGUGCGAUAUGAGUGAGGUUGCGGAGGAAGCGAGGUACAGCUCUGCAGUGUCAGAGGAAGAAGUGGAGGAUCCGAUGGAGACGUCGCAGCAAGACCUGGCGAGUCCGAAGAAAAGCAGCGCCAAAAUAUCUGGCGAAAUCAUCGAAGGCAAGCGGGCAAAGAAGACAGUCGAGAGGCUUGACUUCCAGGCACCAAAGCAAAAGGAGAAGCUCAAGACUGGCGAUGGUAGCGGAGAUAAAUUAGGAGACAUUCCACGUAUCGGCUUCCAGAUCAAUAAGAUAAAGGCAGCUGACCUGAAACCUCUACACGCCAUCCUGUUCGACAGACAGGGAAAGAUGGCCCUGUUAAAGAAGAACUUGCGUCUGUUUAACGGCUUUCCUUUUGACGCCGACAGCGAACAGUACACCAAGAAACGAGAAAAACUCCUCAAGAAUUCAAACUUGACCAACAGCAAACUGAAGGUUGUCUGUGGUGUUUUGGAUCUGGAGAAGAAAGGAACCCACGCCGAUCUGGUCGACAGGAUCCUGAAUUUCCUCAUUGAACCGAAAAACAGCGGGAAGCGUCUGCCCGUGAAGAAAAAGAGGAUCAAAAAGAAACUGUCCGGCGACGACUCCGAGACCAGCACCAAGAAGAAGAGCAAACCCAAACCCAGAAGCUCGUCCUCCAGUCCCAAGAAGUCCAAAGCCGGAAGCAAGUCCAAAGCCAUCGUCAUGGACUCCAGCAGCGAUGAUGAUGACGGUGAGGAAGAUGAGAAGGCGGCGGCUUCAGCUGAGGCUGAGGGAUCGGACGCAGAGGACAAACCAUCCGAGAAAGAAGACGGGGACCACUCCGACAAGUCAGAGGAGUCUGCUGAGGAAGAGGAGAGGAGGAAGGAAGAAGAAGAGGAGGAGGAGGAAGACGAUGAUGAGUCUCCCAAAUCAAAGUCCAGCAGAGGGAAGUCUGCUUCCAAGAAGUCGGCCCCGGUGAAAAGACAGAAGCCGCCGGCAAAGAAGACGGCUCCUCCUAAAAAGAGAGCGAAGAAGGAAGUUUCAGACGCGUCCGAAUCGGACGCCGACAGUGAAGCUGAGGAGAAGCCCAAAAAGAAGAAGUCGACUCCAGCCAAACGUGCCGCCAAAACCAAGAAGGCCGACAGCAGCAGCAACAGAAAAAACAACACAAACACAGCCGAGGACAGUUCAGACGACGACGAGCCGCUCAUCAAGAUGGUGAAGAAGGCGCCGACAGACGAGCAGCUGAAGGAGACGGUGCAGAGUCUGCUGAAGGAGGCCAACCUGGAGGAGAUGACCAUGAAGCAGAUCUGCCAGAGGGUGUUUGACACCUACCCAGACCACGACCUGGCCAGCAAGAAGGACUACAUCAAACAGACUGUUAAAUCUGAACGGAGCCAGCAGAGUGCGGUGCCACUGACGUUGCAGUAGGUUUCCAGUCGGGACAGGAGGAUGGAGUGGUUGAUGGUGUCGAAGGCUGCAGUGAGGUCGAGCGUGAUAAGAAUGCUCAUCACAUGAAGAUCUGAAGAAGAAUGAAGUUGUAGAAGCUGCGAAAACAUCACCAGAGGGAAAUCUUCAUUAGUUUCAUGUUUGUUUUCAUACAAAAUAGUUUUAUACAUAAUUAUGUUUGUUGUUUUCAUUAACGUGUGACUUGUGUUUAGAUUUUCAGCUUAACUCGACAGCAGUUGUCACCACCAUGUUCAGUGUUUUCUGGCAAAGUUAGAUUUUAUGAGAAAUUAUGUUUUUUACACUUUCAGUGACCAGAAGUUCAAAUGUUUUCCUCUUUUAGUCGUCCCGUUUCGGCAGCAGAAGAAAAGAGUCCGACUUCUCUUUAUUUCUGCUUUUCACUGACAGAAAUUUACCCUUUUUAUUUCUGGAUUAAGAUUUGUAAAUAUGUUUCUAAUUAGGUGAAGCUAUUUUUUGAUUGACAAACUUUAACUCGUUAUUUUCUAGGAUUUCCUGGAUUUAUAGUUUUAUUUUUUUCCUUUUGGUUGUUUUUCUUCGUCAGAUGUUAAUUCAUUGUUGAGUAAUUUACUUGCUGAUGAUUAAAAGUGUACAUUUUUUUGAACAAAA